AUGCCGGAAGCCCAACCAAGCGAGGUGGAGGCUCCUCCUGCCCAAGAAGAGAAGGAAAGUGAAAUGCAAGCGCAAGGUCCUCCUAUUUUGAAGAAUCUGUGUAUUUUACCCCCGCGUCAAAAAGCUGGAACCUUGGAACGAAAAGAAGUGAUUGACCGAGUUCCACUUCCUCCAAUCCGAUCUGAAGAGCCUGUUUCUUCCAUUCGGGCAGCUUUGGCAGACGUUUGCGGGUAUUCUCACCUUACAAACUAUCGCUUUGAGUUGGAAAAGCCUCUGGACCCUAAUAUUCCUGGAAAGCAACCAGAUGUACCCAUCGUGUCCCCCUACACGGGCAUCAACUCCGUCGUGUCCGUUCCAGUUGCUUUGCAGUCGUUGGACGACGAGCAGCAAUCAAAGGAUCAUUCAUUGGUUCUUGACGACUAUGGAGACCUUUCAGCUUUGAUGGAAAUGGGCUUGCAAGAUGGAUCCGCCUUUCGCAUUGUACUUGAACGAUAUGAUGUAGCUCAAAUUAGAGAUCAUGUCACUCGUCUCAGAUCUUUGAUUGCUGGAAAUGUGCCAGCUGUUGUAUCAUUGGACGAUGGCAGCGAUGAUAAAGGUACUCCAGCUGAGCCAGAAAACACUGAAGUAGCUGAGGAGAAGGCUAAUGAUGGGAAGAAAAAUAAAGAUGGUCAACCCAAAGACAAGAAGGAAGAGAAAAUGAAACUGCCGACAUAUCCAAAUGUGGGAUCCACAAUUGUUAACAGCAAGGAUUUGAAGAACUUUUAUUAUCACGCAUGUGGUGAAAACCCCGAUCUUUACUUGGCUGACGUGUCGAAGCUUACUCCACAAUUUGAAAAUGGAUCCAAAAAGAAGAAGGGAAAGAAAGGAAAAGGGCAGGCUCAGAACGGCAACGAAAAAGAAGCUGAGGAGGAAGUUCAAGUGGAGCGAGAAAUGCGCGAGAUAAUUCCUAAAUUGAAUCGUCUUGAAGAAACGACAAAGUUGGAUUGUAGCAUUCGCUUCAGUGCUUUCCACCCACCACCACGCUCUCGCAAAAUGUUGGGUGACCUUGCAUACCUUGAAGUCAAACCCCCUGGAGAGUCAAAUUCGAUACACAUCACCGCAAUCCCAACAGGUUUCUAUGUAAACAAAUCGACUGAUACCAAGUUUGAUCCAAGUCCAGCUCCCAAGGCUUUUUUCUCGCAUGAGCUGCUUGACUGCUUGUUGCAAGCAUCGUCCUCAUUUUUCACUGCCUGGAAGGGUGCACUAGAAGCUUCCAAAACUAGAAGCAAGUUGAUGGCUAGAUUAAACGCUGAUGGGCACUUUGCUUGUUUGUUCCGAGUCGCAAUUCGUGGGGACUUUGAUGGGUACACGAGGCCCUCAAUCGCUUCUGCCGAUGAAGGAAUCGACGCCCUGGUGCACAAUCCGUCCUGGUUGGUACCAAUGUCAAAAGCAGCUUUGGAAUCAGAAGAUUCGUGGAAUAAAAAUGCAUCGCAUUCCGCUAACUACGAAAAGACGGAAGAUGAUCUCGCAAACACUUUUGGCGUUGACUUUAGAAAUGGAAACUCCCGAGACUGGAAUGAGGAGUUGCAAAUGGCUCGUGAGAUGCCAGUCUCGUCCCUUGUGGAAAGAGUCGAGAGAGCAAGAGUCAUUAACAAAGUUUUGAGUGACUUUGGUGAGGCUUCGCUGAUGGGCAUUAAGGCAAUCUCAGAUGGACAGAUCGCACCCAUGAAUCCAAACGAGCCUUCGAGAUCGCAGGUAUUUCUUCACAACAACAUAUUUUUCUCGAGAGCAAUUGAUGCCGGCAUCGAGACAUUCAAAAUUGCAAAGGGAGACAAAGCAGCUAGAAAGUCUGCAUCCCGCGAUAUUCAUUGCCUGGGUGCUUUGCACCGAAUGGAGAAGGAAGGUUUAUACACCCUUGCAACUGUGCUUCUUGAUUACUUGGGAACUAGAUUUGUGUGUCAGAGUAUUCUUCCAGGUAUUCUGAACGGCGAGAAGAGCCAUUCGCUCCUGUAUGGAAGUGUCGAGGCGGGAUUACCGCUUUCGUGGGACAAAGAGAUGCACGAAAUGCUCGAAGAGACUAUGGGCAAGAUGUGGAUUGCCAAUCGUCCGCUACCACGAGAACCUUUGACAGACGAGAGAAUGGCUGCAAUUGGGGAAGCAAAAAGUGCAUCUCCGAUGCCAAUCACAACUAGCGAAGAGGAGAAGAAGGAAGAGACCGCGGAUCCAAUUGUCAACAUGUGUACGCCAAUUGAAGCCAAGGGAAUCAAGGGUAGCGAUGAACGAAAGUACUUGCUCGACAUGACUCGGUUAACCCCGAGGGAUGCUAAUUGGGUCGAGAAAGAAAAGGGUGGAACAGGAAACUGGGAAUAUCUUCAAAGUAGUUCGCCGGGCAAAAAGAGUGGCGCCAUCCCCACUGGUCUCGAUGACGAUGAAUGGACACUCGCUGUGUUGCGGCCUGAGCUCGUCAACAGCUACUCUCAAUACCUCAUUGGCAAUUAUGCCAGAGAGAAAAAGGCCAAGGGUGAUGCAGAGAAAAAGGAAAAGGAGGCAGCUGAAGGUUCUGAAAAAGAUGAGAAAUGUGGAGAGGAAUCGAGCGCAAAAGAAGCUGAGAAGGACAAGAACGAGGGGACCAAAGAGAGCCCAGACGCCAAGGACGAAAAGGAUUUGCCUUCAAUCAACGACGACGAUCUUGAUUACAUCAAGUCUUUGCGACUGAACGUCAAUAUCUUCUUGCCUGACAUAAAGUCGCUGGAAGGCAUUGAUGACGACGCAUUUGGACAGCAGGAAAAAGAUGAACAGGUUGUUCGAGACGUAUCAAACUUUUUGUGGGAGAAGGUUCUGCCAGGGAUAACCGCGCAGAUGCGAGCAGCUACUGGGCAACAGCCUCCACACGAUGGGAAGAGUUUGACAGAUUUCAUUCAUCAAAAUGGUGUCAACUGUCGAUACUUGGGACGGCUUGCCGACAUGGCACAGGCGGAAGAGAAGAAGGAUGCCGAGGAGGCAGAACUGGCUAAGAAAGGCAUGACUAGUGGCAUGGCACGAAAUUCGAUGCCCGAGUGCUGGCUAGAGCUUUUGGAAUGCGAGAUGGUUGCUCGCGCUGCAAAGCAUGUUCUCGACACUUACCUGACUAUGAAUGGUGGAAUUGCCGCAUCACAUCCGGCCCAGACUAUUGCUUCAUUCUUAUCGGCACUCGUUUCGUCAGGUGAGGAAAGUGCAGCACAAACUGAAAAUAGGGCGGCAAAGCAAAAGGAAAACGAACCAGACGAAGAUGACUAUAGUGCACUGACGCUCUUUGAUGCCGGUGCAAUAGAUGAUGGAGCCAUGACGAUUAGAGGAAGAACAGAAAUAUGGACCGAUAUCGAGGAGGAGAUUGGGCGUCGUUUCCGGUACUCGUUGACAAUUUUCAACCGACCAGCCAAAGCCAAUCGCGUCAUGCACAUACCUCUGUUGCGUCGAGUUUGUCAAAAAACUGGAGUUCGUCUUGCUGCAAAAUCUUACGACACUGGCUCGAACUACUAUUGUGGUAGUGGUAGAAAUCUUGUUCCUUCCUACCCGAUCUCUCCUCUGGACGUCGUCGACAUUGUCCCCUUGAUGAAACAUUCCGCAGCUCACGGUGGUGGUUUCACACCUUGUGCCCCAGGAAAUCCAAGCUCACUUCCACCACUCCACAUUUCGCUUCCGGACGCUCGGCAAACACUCGAAUCAGCCCACGUUCAUCAUAGUGGAAAAGCUCUUUCCCGCGCGCUUGAACUGGCACAGGAAGCAUGUGCUCUCUACCAACGGGUAGCAGAAUCAUCAACGCACCCUGGAGUUGUGCGUUGUCUCGAUCUCAUGGCGAGCAUUCUCUUUGAAGCAGGGGAAAAUGGUCUCGCAGCGGCGAAUCAAGCACGUUCACUUGGACUCUUGGUUCAAGUGAACGGCUUUGAUUGUCCCGAUGCCAUCAAUGUUCACUUGCUGUUGUUUCAGAUGCUGUUCUCCGGAGGGAGGAACUACGAGGCUAUCAAGCACAUGCGUGCAGCUAUCUUCUUGAUGGAAUUAAUGGGUGGCCCAGGUCAUAUGGAGAUUGUCAAUGCGUACCACAAGCUUGGAAGCGUCUACCAAUCAGCGAAAGAGCCACACCUGGCACUUCGUUUCUUCCAGGAGGCAGCUUCACGCAAAUCGAGCGAUCGAUUGUUGGAAUCCAUGGUAUCGAAGAGCUUGGGUGCUGUACUCUCCCAGCUUGGAGAUUUCAAAGGAGCUCUUGACGAGGAGAAGAAGGCAAACAACGUUUUCACAAAGCUCUUGGGUAAAGACCACCAACUCACGAAACAGAGUGACCAACAGUUACAACUAUUUGCAGCUGCUGCUGUGCAACAAGGAAGCAAGGCUGUGAAGGACAUCAAAAGCAUGGAGGAGGAAGCUGUUGCCGACGCCAUCGCAAGCGAGUUGGAGGCAGAAGCAGCGGCAGAAGAAGCCAGGCAGAAGAAAAAAAGCAAUGGCAAGAAAAAGAAGAAAGGAAAGAAAUAG